AAAAUUAUAAAUUCCAUUUACAUGAAUUCAACACUAACUAUAAAGAAUAACCAAAGUCAUAUUUAUUAAACAAAGACUUAGAAGGCCUUUUCUACUUCUUCCUCAGUCUUUUUUGAUAAGAGAUCUCUUGUAAAGUCAUUGAAUCAGUAUUAAAAUAUCUUACCUCUACAUCAUGAAUCUCCAGUUAAUUCAAUUAUGAUAGACUAAACGCAAUAAAACUUUUAGAAAUUAUAAAAUAAACAAUUGUCACAAAUACAUCCUCUUCUUAGCAGCCUUAAUAGUCCAUAAAAUUAAAUAAAUUAAGGACUAUUUUCUGCUCCUAUUAGUCCUAAAAAACAAAAAGAGCGCAUAGAUUUUUAGACUUAUGCUCAAGUUAAAUAAAUUUAAUAACAGAUGCUGUAAAAGUCUUAAUCUCUCACUUCAUCACCUUCAAGUUAAAGUGCUAGAAACUAUAAUCUAAAAAAAUCAAGCCUAUUUGCUCCUUAAAUUUCCAUUUAGUAAUCAAAAUUAGAGAAAAUUAUUUAGAAAGGUGAAAAAUCGCUCAAUCAUUUUCAAAAUAAAAAUAAAUAAGCUUUGUUUGAAAAAAAUAUAGCAAUACCGAAUGUUUUAAGUGAACCAACAAAAAUAAAUUAUUUAUUCAAUGAUAUCCAUAUAAUGAAUAAGCAAAAAGAAGCUGAUGAUUUAUAUUACGGGGAUAGAUUUGAUUCUUAAUAAUAGCAAUAAUCGCCUAAAGUUCAAUUUAUUAGAUAAAGCACAUCACAAAGCUAAAAAAGAAAAGAAGGUUUUAUGAAUUCUCCUUCAUUGCCUAAUUUGAUAGAAAGUCUAGUUCAGUUUCAAUCUUCUAUAACCCCCAAAAAAAAAGAAGUAGAAACAUCAGCAAUCAAAAGAAUUUUUGAAAAAAAAGAAAAAAAAUCUCCUUCAAUAACAGCUAUCUAAUACUUAGAAUCACCAAAAUAGAAUGAAUAAAGCUCCCCUUAAAAAUAAAUGUCAAACAUUAAUAAUAAUAAUCUUGUUGUUAAAAUUAAUCAAUAAAACUUGUAAAAAUCAUAAAAUAAUUCAUUUGGAGAAACUGGCUAAAAAUAAGUUAUUAUAGAUAUCAAUAAUUAAGUUAAUUAAGAUGAAAAAUCAUACUUUAAUAAAAAAAAAAUAAGCUGGUCAGACCAGCUUUACAUUAAUACUAAGAAAAAUACCUUUAAUUAAAAUUAAACUAAAUAAGAAAAUAUUGAUGUGGAGCAGUUUAGCCCUAUAACAUAAAACAUAUAAACUCCAUUGAAUCAGUCUCCUCUUUUAAACAGAUAAACAAAGAGUUUAAUAAAUUUUGAAAAAAUAUCUCCAAUCAAGUAAAAUGAGGGAAGUAAUCAUAAUACUGCAAACCAUAAGUAACACCUCUUCAAAGAGUAGGUUAAACUGUAAAUGAGCUAAAUAGAAGUUGAUCCAAGAGAUACAGAAAUAGAUCGCAAUUUUAAAAGAUUUAAAAUUAUUGAGGAUCUCUAAAAGAUUCGCAUUCAAGAAAAGAUUAACUAGUUCAAAAUUGGUGAUAAUAUAGAUAAAAAAUAAAUCCUAAAGAAAAACGCAAGUAAAGUACUUAUAUAAACCCAAACAGAACUUCCCCCUUGCAUUUUUAACACUAAAUGUAACUCCUCUUUGACUUUAAUAAAUAACCUUUAAAGCAAUAUUAACUGUAAUCCACAUACUUAAUAAAGAUAAUAAAAAGAAAAAGAGUAAAAUGAAUUAACUCAAGAAGAAGAUAUAGAAUAAUGUAAUUAAGCAGAUUAAACCUAGAAUAAUUUAUCUAAAAACCAAAUUCAAGCUCCGCCCUCAUUAAUAAAUAUAGAGAGCGGUAUAAUUCAAAAUACUGUAAAUGAAUCAGAAGUUACUCCUUCUAUUGAAAGCAUUGAGAAGAAUACAUUCGGGAGUUACAUUAAAAGUAACAUGAACAUCAAUCUUUAGGGGCUUAGCUAAUAAAAUAUUGAAGAUGAUGUUGACACACCUUUAAUGCUUCAAAGCCAUUCAAGCAGUCUACUCCAAAAAAAUCACAACAAUUCAGUUGAUCAUAAGCAAAUUAAUGGAAACAAUGCUCCUGAUCUUGAACCUAAAAUGAUGCUAAGAAAGUAGGUGACUUUGAAAUUAAAGACAAUUUAAAAUCAGGAUCUAGGAGACUCUCAGAAUAAUUUUGAGAGUCUUAUAAAAGGUCAUCUAAGUGAUAAUUCUUUUUCCACUAAUUCCCCUAGAUCACCUUAUUUGAGAAAAUAAUAUAAAUAGUCGAUUAGAAAGAGUGCAUUUACAUCCAAUUUGAAUACUCCAAAAAGUAGUGCAAGAAGAAACACCAAAUUACUAACUAUUAAUCCAAAGCUUAACUCAAAUGAAUAAAUAAAUUUUUUGGAUGCCAUAUUUAACGAAGAUGAUAUUAAAAUACUGCACGAGCUAAGCUUUUAUAUAUCUGAUUUAAUGAAAGCUUUAAAAUAAGACAUAUCUUUAUAACUCAAAAAUGAUAUUUACUAUUUUUGUACUCCUGAUUUUGAUUAGUUUAUAUUUUCUAUUUCUUAAUUUAUUCAGUACAUUUGUACCUAAACUCAGUAAGAUAGAAACAAUCAUUACAUAUGCCCGUUUAAGCUUAAUGACAGUAUCGUAGAACAACUUCUAUAUUUAUUCAUAAACAAGCUAUCUGAGAUAAAUUUAGGCGAAAAAUACAUUGAUAUUUUUAGAAAUGCUUUUAAUAAGCAUAAAUAACUAGUAUUAGCCUCUAAUCUUUCGUAAAAGCUAGGUGGCGAAAUGUAAAAGAAAAGAAUUAUAACCGAAGUAAUUGACUACUAAAUGUAAAAUAGCGUUAACUCUAUCUAUGAAAGAUAUCAAAAGGAUGAUUUAAUACAAUCCCAGCUGAAGACAUUUGACUUAAUACUAAAGAGUAGCUGUGAAGAAGUUUCUGAACAAGAUUGGAAAGAUGUUAAAUAUUAUAAUGCUGUUGACAUAUUUGAAAGUAAGAAGGCAUUCAUAAAUGUAUUGAGUCGUCACAAAAAUUUUUAUGACGAAGAAUUCUGCUACGAGUUAAUUGAAUAAAUAGAAAGAUGCAGAGAUAACAUCUCUCAUAGUCUCUCUAUACAUAGAUUUGGAAAUGACUAAAAAUUCAUUAAAAGUUUAAAAGAAUUUAUUGUAAAAAUAUAAUUCAUUUAAAAGCUAGGAAAUUUUGAGAAAGAAACAAUCAUAAACACUAUAAUUAAUUAUUUCUUUUCCCCAAACGUGACAUCUUAAUAAUUUAUAAGUGUUUUUAAAUAGCAUUAAUUGUAAUUAAAUAAAUCACAAUUCUCAGAAAUUUAGGAAUUGUUAAUAAAUCAUCUAAGAGUUGAAUAAGAAUAUAAUGAAAAUCUAGACUAUAAGCAUUAAUUCUAGUACAAAAUACAAAAGAUAAAUUGGUAAAUUUAAAAAAGUCCUCUGAAUACUUUAGGCGAUCUUACUUCUUUCUUUUAAUUCUUCAACUCAUGGAUAGAUUAGUAGAUAUCUUAGAAACGCAAUCUAAAAGGGUUUGAGCCAUAUGAAGUCAGGUCUACAGAAAAUUUUGAAUGUAUUCUUAAAUUUUAUUACAAUACACACGAAGUUUUCAAUGUUAAAGAUAUUUAAUUUUCCCUUAAUCUACCCAUUUUCGAAACAGAAACUCUAAUAAAAUUCUGGUUAAAGGGUAUCAAGCAUACACUUAUAUAACACUGUGGCUUACAAAAAAGUGAAGCAAUUAUCUUUAGAGAUGAAAUUUCAAAACUUAUGUUAAAUUAAGGAAAUUAAUAAAUAAUUAAAAGGUUAAACACUUAAAAUUCUUUUAAAAAUGCAAUUUCUAAUAUAUCAAAUUGA